GAGAAAAAAAGUCAGCAGUGUUGUGCAGCAAAGAAAACAUAGUAACAUUGUUUUUACAAAAAAGUUGUGAUUUUUCCCGAGAACAAUAUUUAAAACUGUCUGUAUAGCAUUGAGAGGCGUUAUUUUGUCGAGUGAAAAGUGUCGCAAAUAAUUUCACAUCGAUCGAACAUCUAUGAGUAAAAGUGGGGUGGUGGUCCGUUACAAACAUACAGACCUCCAGGAUCGAUAAUGUUUUGAUUCGUUCUUUUCUUUGUCAGCAAAACAAAUCAUGCUUUUAGAAAAUUGUUGUGCAAAGCGGUUUUGGCCAAGACUUCCAUAUCUGCAAAUGUGAAUGUGUUCGAAAAAGUUAUUCCAAUUUGGUGAUCUGCACCUGCAGCAGUGCAUCAAUAUCGAUUAAAAGCAUUUUUACGUAAUUGACGUAAAUCAAGCACACUGAGUAUCGUAUUGAUAUUGAAAAUCGUUCUCUUGCUGCGACAAGAUGGAGCAUGGCCAAAACAUAGACAACAGCGCAACAAAACCAACAAAAUCGGAAUCGAUGCCAUUUCAAUUGGGCUCGGUACAGAAAACAGACGAUAAUCUCAGCAUAAAGUCAUCUGAUUCGGUCACUACUAGUGGCGAAUACGAAAUGGUUCCGGACUCGACGUCUCUGGUGGAUGUUACUGAUGGUGCCUGUUCGACGUUACAUUCGCCGACUGUAAACACAGCCAAAAAUCAGCAAGAACCAAAACACGACUUGAAACAGACCGGCGAAUUAAACCUAACGGAUUGCUUCGAAGAAGACGAAGUGGUGGUGAAUUUGAUUGCUGCUACUCCUGCAAAGUUGGAACCCAUUUCACCAAUACUGAACAUCGAAGGCAACGGGAAUGUGCUAGAUCUGGAGAAAAACAUGGAUGAGGUCAUUCACGAGCUGGACGAGGAGCGAACGCUCAGUGCUAGCGAUGGCGAUCCAGGCAGUGCGAAUAAGACUCCUGUCAAAUGCUUCAACAGCGCAGGAAAUCCAAAAGGUACGGUAUCCCAGAUUUGUCUCCGAGAGCUAAAAUUACGACCUCCGACGGGCACCAGCGGUAAAGCUCCCAAUCUGCAGUCGCCGGAAAAUCGUGUCGGACAAUCAGUGUUCUACGACUGUCUCGAUUCCAGUCCUAUGACAGAAAAGAAAGACAUCAUGAAACCGGACCACUAUCCGGUCGAAACAGAUGACGAAGAGUUGUCCGACAUCGACCAGGAGUGUACUAUUUUCAGUGGUGUUUCUUACUUGGGAGCGACGGGGAUUAAAGUUCCAAAGUCAGAGAAGGAGAUCCUCCAGAAAGUUGCCGAAAUGCAGGCAACAUCGAGUGUCACUCCCCUGGGAAUGAAAAUUUCCGUUAGCAUUCCGACGCGUUCGGAAGGAUUGGUUGUCCUAUAUGAUGGAGAAACUAAUGCGGUCGUUGCCACCUACGAAGUUCAACGGAUUCUGUUUUUUGCACGUGGUCCAGCAGGCACACCAACAGAGGCCUGCUUCGCAUUCACCUGGUCUCACGGAGAAUCCCAGGAAACUGCCAGUCAUCAGUGCCAUGUCUUCAGAUGUAACAUCCCAGAAGCAGUGUCCCAAGUUAGUGCUUGCUUCGCUAAGGCCUUCCAACGAGCGCUUCCUCCGAGUAUUCCGGCGAGUAUGACAACUUCCCUGGCCGACAGUAGCCUGAAUGUGAUGGUGGCAUCAAUCACCUCCGAUAGCGCAGGCAAUCCGAUCCAAUCGGCAAUGUACGAGUUCAAUGUUUCGUUGGAGAUCAAAGAAAAGGAAAAAUCGGGCUACACAACCGUGCCGAGGGACGCGAAAUCCAGCUUUCGUCUCCGGUGCAACACGGACAAGGAAGUGUGCAUCGUGGUGAAGCAGAUCCCGUCGGAGCAUUACCCUCCACUGUUGAUAGAGCGGUGUUUUGGAGUGCUUCUCAGUCCAGGAAAAAUUGUCCGACAGGCCGAUAUGCAGUUGUUGGAUAUGGUCAACAUGGGAUACGUCAAACCGGAAGCGCCAUCAGCUCCGACGAAUCCAAUGACCACCUCGAUGGCUUCACUGUCGGCGGCUUCGACAUUUUCACAGUUGCCCUAUCAAAUUCGAGCCGAAUGGAAAGCAAAUGACAAAGCAUUUGAGCAGCUGAAUACCGAAACCCAGAAGAAAUGUUUAACCGUUGCGGUCGAUCUAGUCAUCAAGGGUAUUCAGGAACCGGUUCGGUUCGUGAUUGAAACAUCCGUCAUGAUUCUAUCGCAGAGUGAGCUGCGAAUUAUGCAAAAUCUAUUUACAAACAAACGACUGCUGGUGAUGCAGUACUACCUUACGCUGAGGGAAAGUGGUGAGGGUAGUUGGGAGGUAGAAUCAAUCGAUCACUCGGAUGAAAUUGUUGAACAAAUCGCUCCGGGAUCGUUAUCGUUGAAUCUCAACUUCAAAACGUGGACGUUCAAAACAUCCGCCAGUGUGCAGUCGAUGGAGUUUGACGACUCCAGUCCAGAUUACAGCUCCGAUGGUGACGAACCAUUACUCAGUGGUACUGGUGAAGUAUCGAAGGAAUGUUCCAGUGCAUUGCUGGAUGACUGGAAUGAGAUACUAGUCGAAUGGGAUCGUGACAACUUGGACAAACGUCCCCGAAAUCUUGCAAGUCUGGUUCGCUGCGGUAUACCGGAUAUUUUACGAGGAACUAUUUGGCAAAAAUUGGCAAAUGUUGAGAACAAAACAGAGAUGACGGACUCGUAUCGGGUUUUGAUCACCAAAGAGACCAGUUGUGAGAAUGUGAUUCAACGGGAUAUCAACAGGACAUUCCCCGCACACAAAUUUUUCAAGGAAAGCGGAGGUAUGGGCCAAGACAGUCUGUACAAGGUGUCCAAGGCGUACGCGGUGUAUGACACCGAGGUCGGCUACUGCCAAGGAUUGAGCUUCAUUGCUGCCAGUUUGCUGCUUCAUAUGCCAGAGGAGGAAGCUUUCAGCGUGCUGGUUGCUCUCAUGUACAACUACGGACUGCGCGAUAUGUACAAACUAGGCUUCGAAUCGCUCUACCUACGAUUGUAUCAACUGAAUCGUCUCAUGAAAGACCAGCUACCGGAUCUGUACGAGCACUUUUACAACACCGGAAUCGAGUCACACAUGUUCGCCAGCCAGUGGUUCCUGACGCUGUUCACCGCCCGCUUUCCGCUGUACUUUGUGUUCUACAUUUUAGACGUGUUUCUUCUGGACGGAAUUACGGUACUGUUUCAGGUUGCUCUCACACUGCUGUCGGUUUGCAAAAAAGAUCUGCUUGAGUUGGAUUUCGAGGGAAUUUUGAAAUAUUUUCGCGUUACACUUCCUAAGAAGUGUAGAAGCGAGAAUCAGGCCAAGAGGCUGAUGAAAUUGUCGUUUGAGUGCAAGGUGAAGAAAUUGAAAAAAUUCGAAUUGGAGUACUUGGCGAAGAAGGAAGAAAGUGAACGCAAAGAGCGAGAAAUGAAACAGUAUGAGCUGAAAUUCAAUGAGGAGAGGACAAAAAUGAAACAGGAAAUUGUCGCAUUAAACGUAAAACUUGAAACCAUGGUUAGAGACGAAAAAAAGAACACUGGAAUCAUUGUUGACUAUAAACAGAUUAUACAAAGACAGGAGCAGGAAAACAACAAACUUCAUCAGAUGCUAGAAGAUUUGACGAAAACGGUAUCUCUCUGUUCGAAAUGUUCAUCCAGCAUACCCAAAUCGUCUCCAUUGCAUAAGAGUUAUGGAAAAAAUCUACAAAAUUCGAAUAGUGAGAAUAAUAAUGAUCAAAAUAUUCACCAGGAGAAUAAUCUCGGACCGCUUGAUCCUCUGUUGAUCGCCACUCAACGGAUAAGAGAACUAGAGUUGGAACUGGCUCAAACCAAAUUAGCACAGGUUGAAGCGGAAUGCAAGGUUCAGGAUCUUCACCAUCAACUCAACUCUACUCUGACAGAUAUGCAAACGCAUCGCAACAGCUGGCAGCCGUGGUUCUCUAAAACUCUCAAUUCCAUUCAAGAGAAAGUUGUAACAAGACGUGAUGUAAAUGCACCAACACCGACGUUCCAAUCAUAUACCGAUUCGAGUGUAAAGUUGCGUGAUCACCACUCUCAGUCUUUCCCUGCGCAAGUUCAGUUGCGAAAUAAGCUGCACCAACGUCACAGUUUGACCCAGGUGCCAUUUGAAGCCGCUGGUGGAGUUGGUGUAGCAACAAGACACGUUAGCGUCGGUGAACCCCCAAACGAAAACGUUCUGUUCCGGGACUCUGCGCAAAGAUGCAACAGUCUAAAAUAAAUCCAGCCAGCAGUUAAACUGCAAUUCCCAAUCCCAAUAGGAGAAACACUUAACAAGAGUACUAUUAAUGAUACUAUACUCACACACACAUACACACAGCAGUAAUAGCCAUGUUCUUUAUUUAGUUCGUUUUACAAAAAUGGUGCGAUUAUUGCUGACUUCAUUGUUUAUCGCUCGAGUGUCGUUACAUUUCGUUGGAUAAGAGCAUCAAGCGAGCUCGUUGUGAUUUCAAAUUUACUCUUUCUCUCUCUCUAUAAAAACAAUGUCAGUAGAAUUCAAUUCAAAUUCAGUUUAUUGAAUGUUUUAUAAAAGCUUUAGCUUUGUUUUUUUUUUUGACACAUGUCCUAUAGCUCUCAUAUCUCACUGUCGUAUAACCAAGCUUGUAUUGCUCUGUUAAUAUUUAAACGACUUUUGUAAAUUCUAUUAACUUAGUUUUUGUUUUGUCUCUAAAAUGAGUAACGAUUAUACAUAGCAAGAUUAAAUGCUGGUCAACGAAUAGACGAACACUUUCAGGAAUAUUGCAUUUCUUUCGAAUUAAAACCACUAAUAAAAUUAGACUAGAUUGCUGAACGCGUACCGCAUACCCAUUUAUUUAUUGGUCUCAGUUCUGCUCUACAUCGAUUGGCUCUGAUUGCCGAGCAGACAAGUAGUAGAAGCUAUAUUGGCGCAAAAUUCAGAGAAUCACCUUUCGUUGUAUACCAAGAUAUCAGAAAUCCUUACACGAAUUAUGGAAACAAAAAAAAAUUACACUGUAAUUGUCUUCGUUUGAUAUAUAGCAUGCAUAGCAUCAAUAAAAAUACAAGCGAUAUAUAA